AUCAAUGAAAUUCGUGCUAAUCAACCGUUGCUCGCAGAAAGUAGACACGUCUACAGUCACGGGAACAGACCGCGUGUGUGACAUCGUACGCCGUCGUAUUAAGUGCAUUCGACGAGAAGUUUGACCGAUUGUCCGCUGCUCGCACCUGGCGUCUCUCGCCAGUCUGAUCCAUCAUCGUGUGUGCAUUCCGCGUCCUGCUUUCCUUUCGUACUUUGCACGAGCAAUCGUGCUUCGCGAACGUUUCGUGUUGACGUGUAUAAGAUUACAACAAUCGCAAAACGUCCGGGUUUACAGUGACAUAUUGAUAUCUUGUUACGUGCCACGAUGAAUUCCACGUUGCUAUUACUGUGGGUCUAAUAACAGACUACUGUGGUGUGUAGAGCACGAAUCCGACGGACAUUCAUAAUUUUAUGUUGUGCUCAAAACGAAACAACGUCGGGUGAACCAGAGGCUGACCAAACACCGAACGAAAGAACGCGCUCUAAAGCAGGAUAAAACUGGUUUAUCGAUACUUGGAUGAGAAACCUUUAGAGACAGCUAGUUACGAUGUAACGAGAAUGGUUCACGACAUUCGACCCACACAGUCAUGGUUUUCAACAAGUCACGCAGUUCUUUUAUGAUUGGAUUUGUAACACUACGUGCUGGAACAUUAGUCUUGCAUAUAUUCGAUCUCGGUCGACGUAGUCAUGUAAAUUCAGUGGUCCACAAGAGCACAGUGGUGGCUGAUCUCCUCUUCAAACUCGGGUAGCCGAACGGUUAGUUGAACGGCCGGGUCCCAGAAUACGGCCUGGUCUAACAGGAAGCUCGUCGCGUCUCCAACCGCGAAGGAUCGGGUGAUGAGCUCAGGAUAUCAGGCGACCGGCCCCAUCACAACAUGUUCCGUUCCAAGAUUCGCAUUCACACGUGUCAAGUGAUACUGCUCACGUCCCUAGUAUGGUUCCUGGUGGACGUGAUGGUGCUGAUGCUCUAUUCGGAUUGCAUCGGAGGAUCCGGAUGGGGUUGCACGGAGAACGGCAAGCAGCAACAACCGCUCACUGAGGAAAGUUUGCCCCAUUCGAAAAUUGAUUUAAAAGAAGAGGAACAGAUCCAGCCGGUUGGCCAGCAGAGUAAGAAACGGUACAAACAACCGGAACUGCAUUUGUGGAGGCCAGCUAGGGUAGUUAGGGAUAACAAGGGGAUACCCGGCGAGAUGGGCGCGGCGGUGCACAUCUCGCCGGAAGACGAAGCAAGACAGCAGGAGCUCUUUAAAUUGAAUCAAUUCAAUUUGAUGGCGAGCGACAUGAUAUCGUUGAAUCGGUCCCUCAAGGACAUAAGGCUGGAGGGAUGCAAGACGAAGAAGUACAGCAAGUACCUGCCGGAUACUAGUAUCGUGAUAGUAUUCCACAACGAAGCGUGGAGCACGCUGUUGAGGACCGUUUGGUCUGUCAUUAAUCGGUCUCCGCGCACGUUGCUCAAGGAGAUCAUAUUGGUAGAUGAUAAAAGCGAGCAAGAUCACUUGAAGCAAGACCUGGAGGACUAUGUAAAAACGUUACCAGUCCCUACAUAUGUAUACCGUACUGAGAAGAGAUCGGGUCUAAUCAGAGCCAGACUGCUUGGGGCGAAACAUGUGAAGGGACAAGUUAUAACGUUUUUGGACGCUCAUUGCGAAUGCACAGAGGGUUGGCUGGAACCUUUGUUGUCUAGAAUCGCUGAAGACAGAACCACUGUUGUCUGUCCCAUCAUUGAUGUGAUUAGCGACGAUACUUUCGAGUAUAUUCCAGCCAGCGAUAUGACGUGGGGUGGUUUCAAUUGGAAACUGAAUUUUAGAUGGUAUAGAGUGGCGCAAAGAGAAAUGGACAGAAGAUUAGGAGAUAGGACAGCUCCUCUAAGAACACCAACAAUGGCUGGCGGAUUAUUUUCUAUUGACAAAGAGUAUUUUUACGAAUUGGGAGCAUACGACGAGGGCAUGGAUAUUUGGGGCGGUGAAAACCUCGAAAUGAGCUUCCGGAUAUGGAUGUGUGGUGGGACAUUGGAAAUCGCAACGUGCUCGCACGUCGGUCAUGUAUUCCGUAAGUCAACACCAUAUACAUUCCCUGGUGGUACCAGCAAGAUAGUGAACCACAACAAUGCGCGACUCGCAGAGGUCUGGUUGGACCAAUGGAAGUACUUCUAUUACAACAUUAAUCCAGGAGCUCGAAAUGUAGCUGUUGGAGAUGUAUCUGAAAGAAUUAAGUUAAGAGAACGUCUUAAAUGUAAAAGCUUUAGAUGGUACUUGGAAAAUAUUUAUCCUGAAUCUCCAAUGCCACUGGAUUAUUAUUAUUUGGGUGAUGUACAAAAUGUUGACACACAAACUUGUUUGGAUACAAUGGGUAGAAGAACAGGUGAAAAUGUUGGAAUUAGUUAUUGUCAUGGAUUGGGUGGUAAUCAAGUGUUUGCUUAUACUAAACGACAGCAAAUUAUGUCUGAUGAUAUGUGCCUUGAUGCAGCUAGUCCCCAAGGUCCUGUCAAAAUAGUACGAUGUCAUGGUAUGGGUGGAAAUCAAGCAUGGGUUUAUAAUGAAGAGACAAAGAUGAUCAAACACACUAAUACAGGACACUGUUUGUCGAAACCUCGUUCGAACGAUGCAAUGCAACCUGUUUUAGCACCUUGUGAUCCGCAUAACAUCGGUCAAAAAUGGACCAUGCGUAGUAAAUUCAAAUGGCAAGCCAGCUAAUAUGAGGUGUUUCUAAGUGCAACAUUUAUAUGUAAUACUUGUUGAUCUAUUUAAUAUUAAUUCAAGAACUGAUAUUCAAAAAACUUCCGUAUUUUGAGGAACCAAGGAAAAGACUAGUAUUAUACUCCGUAAAAACAAUACAGUAUCAUGUUUUGUCGACUUAUAAAUAUCAGCGGAGUUAAUAGUGAUCGUAAACGAGAAACUGAGAGAUUGAAGUUAAUGCUUUUUAGUUACAUAGGAUUUAUUUACUGUUACUAGCAGUAUUGUGUAUUUACUGCCAUUUUUCAUGGUAUGCCUUGAUUAAUAAUGCACAAGUGUUAAAAGAAAAAAACUAUUCCAAUUGUGCGUGCGUACAAGUGAUACGAAAAGAGACGUAUGUGAACAUUAUUCUUUUUUUAUUUUUUUUUUUAAAGUAAACAGUAAAGAGAAAAGCAUAUCAGACCACUGUUAUAAAUAAAUAAUUGUUAAUACAAAAAAAAGAGACAUAUUUGAUAAUAUGGGAUGAGUGCAAUGCUGGAUGACUGGAAGAUAUAUCAGUGCACUGAAACACAGAUAUAUUAAUGGCAUAAAUGAUACAUUACUACAGAGAGUGAAUGUUGAAUUGCAAGUGGUAUUAUUGUGACAUUAUUGAUUACGAUUUAGAACUUGUAUUGUACAAUUUUUGUAGCAAUUAGGGAAGAGCACUGAAUCUUUUUAUACUGAUAUUUCUAACAGUUCCUUGUUGCAUCUCGUUCAUAUGAUUUAGUUGUUAUUAGUUUUCUUUUUAUUCGUUUAAAUGGAUGAAUGUACUUAUACCUGAAUUCGCCAUAGCAAUAUGAGAUUAACGAAAUAUCGUUUAAGAAUAUAAGAAAACUAUCGACUGUUAUUCACUGUACUGUUAUAUUUUAAAUAUUUUCUUAAAUUCAAGACAAAAAAUGUCUUCCGUAUUUUCUUAACAAAAAAAAAGCUAAAUAUUUUUAUGAUAUUCCUAAUAUCUUAUAUAGUUAUAAUUCUUCAUAGAUUCAGGCCCUUUUUGCUUUUUACACAUUUGAAGCGUGCCGAAAAUAUAGAGUGCAAUAUCCUUGUUAAAUAAGAAACUAUGGAAACAAUUUCCUGUAACUAAUGUAAAAAUAAUUAUAUAAUGUAA